AUGUGGGCCGCUUACAGGCGCAUCCCGCCACGCAAGCGUAUCGUGUUUGGGGUUUUUGGGAUGCUGUUUGCGGUGUCGGGCAUGAAGUUUUAUGAGGAUGACGGCUUCUUCCCAAGCUUUAUGCGGCCGUCAACCAACGACGAGGCAUCAUCAUCGCCAUCAGCAACUGCAACUACACAGGCUUCUCAAGAUAGCAAGACGGAGUCAUGA